CGAAGUAGAACAGUCCGAUGUUGAUAUUUCGUGCUUCCCUUUUCUUUCGUUUUCCUCUCUCCUUUUUCUUUUACUAUCUCCCUCUGAAAGUCGCGAUUCCGGGAAGUUCGCCAGUCGCCAGACGCAUGAUGCUUGCCACGUGCUCGAGGAUCGUUUAAAUCGUUUGCAGUUUCUUCUUCGAAUACAGCCGAUAAUCAACAUAGAUAACCGACGAUAACAAUGGCGAUCGGUGAAGAAACCGACAACGGAGACAUCAGUUUCGGUCUAGAAGAUAAUGCUAUCGAAUCGAUCCGAGCAAUCAAUCGCACAACCGCGGAUGAUCCAAUCGGCACAUCAAGUCAUGUUCAGACCGACCUCGAUAAUUUCGAUUCAGGCAAUCCCCUUCUGGCUGAGAGCGCGGCAGUAACGAUUGAUGCACCGAUCGGGAAGCUGAGGAGAAUGCAUAAAAUGGAGAAUGCAGUAGUGGCACAGACGGAUGGUAGCGCGAUGCGCCGAAAAGAGGAUUUUGAUGUCGAAAACUACGCAAACGAACCGGCGAAUACAACUGUCGAACCACCUGACGGUGGUCUCAGGGCCUGGAUGAUUAUGAUCGGUAGCUUCACAAUCAACGGUGUACUCUUCAGCAUCAUUAACACGUAUUCCCUCAUUUAUCAGGAGUUACAGAAGCGACUGAUAGAAGCCGGCGAAACCGAAGUUUCCUCCAAAGCAGCUCUGGUAGGCUCGUUAACUAUUGGAACGACGUUUUUUCUGUCACCGGUCGCCGGUAUAUUAACGGAUAAAUUCGGCAUUCAGACAACUACUUUCGUGGGAGGUGCAAUUGCGUCCGUUGGUCUGCUUCUUUCCUCGCUACUGACGACCAAGGUGGAACUGCUUUUUUUAACAUAUGGCGUUAUGUACGGGCUUGGUGCAAGUCUCGCUUAUACCCCUAGUCUAGCGAUAUUGGGUCACUACUUCAAAAAAUAUCUGGGGCUGGUGAAUGGUAUUGUCACAGCUGGAAGCUCAGUAUUCACGACACUGUUGCCAUCCCUAAUGGAGAUCCUAAUACUACGUUUAGGCCUGGAAGGAACAUUGAGGAGCUUGGCCGUACUCACAGCUAUUGUUAUGGCUUGCGCAAUUCUUUUUAAGCCAAUUCCACUAACAUCGCAAGGAAACAAAUCGCAUAAAACGAAAUCUCUACGAAAUCAUCUGAAAGAAUUCGUAAACGUAUCUAUCUGGAAAAAGAAACGAUACGUUGUAUGGGCUGUUUCUAUUCCUUUCGCUCUUUUUGGAUACUUUGUCCCAUACGUUCACAUUGGAAAGUUCGUGACUAUAAAGUUCAAAGACGCUGAUAGCAAGCUGCCAGUUAUGUGUAUCGGCAUCACCUCCGGUAUUGGCCGUUUAAUUUUUGGCUACAUCGCCGAUAUGCCGAAAGUGAAUCGAAUAUUCUUGCAGCAGAUAUCAUUUGUGAGUAUCGGCAUCCUUACAAUGCUCCUUCCAAUUACCAAAUCCUUCCUCAUGCUUCUGAUCAUUUCGCUGGCGAUGGGACUGUUUGAUGGAUGCUUUAUAUCGUUACUUGGUCCGAUCGCGUUCGAUAUUUGCGGCCGUAGCGGCGCAACUCAGGCCAUUGGCUUUCUUUUAGGGAUGUGUUCUAUACCUCUAACAAUUGGUCCACCAAUUGCGGGCCUUCUGUACGAUCAUACUGGUACCUAUGAUCUGCCUUUCUUACUUGCCGGCAUUCCUCCGAUAAUAGGAGCAUUGUCGAUGUUCUUUAUAAGAUGCGUUAAAGAAAAUAAUGAGGAAAGUUUAAACGAUUCUGAGAAUAUCUCAAGCAAAACAGAUUGUCAAAAUGGAAGAACGAAAAAUAAUGAUUUUUCACCGGCUAUCAUCGUCGAGCAAACAUGCGAAUCAGCGGUGCAAGAGAAAUACAGUACAAUGUGCAAAUCCCUGCCUCUGUCUCAGAGCUACGGUAUCAAACAACCGGUUGAAUUACAAAACGGUUUAGCACACAAUAGCUACCAAUACAAGUACGCCAAUUACUGCAGAUAUUCGGAAAGUGAACCAUUACUUUAUAGAGAAAGGAUCUCACGACAUCCAAGCACGAGUUUCUCUUAGUAAAUUAUCAAUGCUUUACGUGUUUUUAACUUGAAUUUUGUCAUAGCGAAUUCUUUGUUUUGAAGAAUUUUAUUGUUAUUUACCUGCUAGGACGAGUUCAGAUUCGGAACCCGCGGUUGCUCCCCGGAUGUUAUAUCAUCUUUGUUUUCCAUUCGGCAAACGACAAGGAUAGAAUGAUGGAGUGACACUCGGGUGGGAAUCUGAACAUAGCCUAAAUGAAAAUAAAA